AUGGCCCUACAAUAUGGCGCUGAGGACAUGGAAACCAGCAGCCACAUGGCUGCACAAGAUACAUUGCUGCCACCCGAAAGCCUUACUAAAGACUUCUUUGAGCGGGAAAUGGAAGCUAUGUCUACCAAGCUCAUCACCUCGUGGCAAUCCAUUGCGGACGAAUUGAAGACAGAGGUCUUCAGCCUCACUAACAGAGCGACCCGGAACAAGAAUGCAGGGAACUAG